GAGAAUGUGUGGAGUGCUUCAAGUGUUGAAGUAACUAUCCAUCACCAAGGAAUCAACACCGUCCUCCUAAACGAGCUGGCUAACGUCGGAACGAUCUUUUUUCAGCGCGUAUUUGCUCGUAGCUAUGUUUGGAGUUGCUCUUCCGCACCUGCGGCUGCGUUCAGCAGCAAUUGGUAAAUUGUGCAUUUCUUCGGCACAUAAGAGUAUUUUCGGAAGUUUACGAUCUUCUUCUAUUACGAAUGUAUCUGCAUUCUCUCGGCGUUGCACUUUUACCCAUCUUUCUCCUUUGUCGCAGACAACAACAAAACAGUCCCUUCUUUCCUUUUCUCCUAGAAUUCUGAAGAAUACGCUUUUUCCUCAAUCGUACAAACGGUCUUACAGCCAACAGAAGUCCUCUCAACAACAAACUAACAGUAACAACUCUACUAGUGAGGCGUCUGAACAACUUGCUAGCAAAAGAAUAGCAUACUGGCUCCUUGGCUCUUCGGUUUUAGUUUUUGGUAUCGUUGUUGUCGGCGGUAUCACUCGCUUAACUGAAUCUGGUCUUAGUAUUACUGAAUGGAAACCAGUUACAGGUGCCAUUCCUCCAUUAAAUCAUGAACAAUGGAUGGAAGAAUUUGAAGCCUACAAAAAAACGCCCGAGUACGUACAGCUGAAAGCCAACAUUUCUUUAGAUGAGUUCAAGCAUAUUUUCUUCUGGGAAUGGUUGCAUCGUUUUCUGGGGCGUGCAAUCGGUUUGUUAAUUGUCGUACCCUCUGCUUACAUGCUUACGAAGAGAAAUACGAGCCGUUGGCUUCGAUGGCGUUUGGUGUCCAUGUCUGGUCUCGUUGCCUUACAGGGUGUUAUUGGAUGGUGGAUGGUGAAAAGCGGUCUGAGCAAGAGGCUUUUUGAAGAAGGAGCUCAUCCCCGCGUUAGCCAUUAUCGUUUAGCCAUACAUCUCUCUGCUGCUGUCGCUUUAUACAUUGGUUUGAUCUGGUCAGGUACUGGCAUCCUCCUGCGUCACAAGAUGCUUCAGACGGCUAAAGCAAUUGGCGUUCACAACAUGGAAAACACCGUUGCUUCUAUAAACAAAUUGCGUGGCCUGCGUUAUCUGACCACUGGACUUACUGGUUGCGUAUUGGGUACACUCAUUUCUGGUGCAUUCGUCGCCGGUUUGGAUGCCGGAAUGCUCUACUGCAAUUUCCCUAAGAUGGGUGAGCGCUGGAUUCCGCCAAAGAGUGAACUUUUCCAGUCAGAAUUUUCUCGUCGAGAGGAUAAGAGUGAUUUAGUAUGGCGUAAUAUGCUCGAUAACCCCGUCUUGGUUCAACUAGAGCAUCGAAUCCUCGGCCUCACAACGUUGGCUCUCGGAUGUUACGUGUACUUCUUCACUCGCAAACGUCUUGCUCGUGUACCCGCUGACAUCUUCCGUUCAACGAAAUACGUAGCUGGCGCAGUUACCGCGCAAGCGUGUUUGGGAAUCGGUACUCUGUGGUACGUAGUACCCGUUUGGUUGGGUGCUACGCACCAGGGCGGAAGUUUGGUAGUCCUCACUGCCUCACUCGCUCUGCUUCAAAAACUCUUGCCUCGAUUCGCGUGGACUGAUGUUCGUCGUUUAUUGCCGCAGCAAGCUCCAGUAAAUAGUCCUUCCGGUGACGCAGCGAGCAGCGGACCUAUCCGCGUGAAUGCUUUCCAGACUCAAGGGCGUCGCAGCUUCUUCACACUGGCUCCGCGUUAUUCUCACCACGGUUCGUCUGCCAAGGGUGACGUUGUUCACAUUACUUUUGUUACCCCGGAAAAUAAAGAAAUCACGGUGGCAGCUCACGAAGGUCAAAGUAUUUUAGAAGUCGCCCAUUCUAACGAUAUCGAUUUGGAAGGUGCUUGUGAGGGUUCUGUGGCUUGUUCCACAUGUCAUGUUAUUGUUGAUCCUGAAUUUUAUGAUAAACUUGAGCCACCAGAGGAGGAUGAAGAGGAUAUGCUUGACCUUGCUUUUGGUUUGGAAGAAACUUCUCGUUUGGGAUGCCAAGUGAUCCUAAACAAGGAUCUCGAUGGUAUACGUGUUCGACUUCCAGCACAAACACGUAACAUUCGUUUGGGUCGUUAAUGAUUCUCUCUAUACAAUGCAUAAGGCGAUUUAUUCUAAGUUCCUCCUGUGUACUAAAAAGAAAGGUCUUGACUAAAAGCCCAAUGUGUGCGUGAUGGGGUUGACAGUUAUUCUCGACAUAAUUGUAUUCUUGCAUUCUAUAAACCCAGUUAUGUUUAUGUCAUGUCUGCUGCCAAUUCUUCCUUAAGAUACUAUCUGUGUCUUUGUGUUCGCACCCUGUGUUCUGGCACGACAUUUGAGUCUCUCUGCUUUUGAAAGCUGUUUCUGUUGCAGCACUUAUGUACUAAUUUCUUUCUUGAUGUGUGUGAGAGUCAUGUAGAUGAAAAAGAAUAUGAUAUCGUUUUUCUUUCCUGUUCA